CUCGGGUAACCUCGGUUAACCGUAUACAGUCUUCCGAAACUCAUUUAACCAACAUUUAAACUAUGACAGAUAAAACGGAGGUCAAUCUAAGUGGAGUCAAACAAAGUAAAGGCGUUUGGCUUGUAAAGGUUCCCAAGUAUUUAUCUCAGCAGUGGGACAAGGCCUCAGAAAAGGGAGAAGUUGGAAAGAUCAGCUUUGGAAAGAAGCAGGGCAAAACAGAGGUAUGUUUCAACCUGAAUGAGGAGCUGAGCGCCUUGAAUGCUGUGGGGGAGAAAGAUGCAUCACUGCAGGUCCCAAGGGAUCAUCCAUUCACAAUGCACACAGUGGGAGGACAGACCAUGGCUGUCUUCAGCCAGAGUGACACAGAUGAAAUCAGUCUGGAGGGGAUGGUGGUGCACAGAGCCGAAUGCAGACCAGUCGUCAGUGACAACUACAUGAAGCUGAAGAAGCUGCAGAUUAAAGACUCCACCAAGUCUCCACGUUUGUCGCAGCAGCUGGAGAGAGCCAUCACUACCGUCUUCAAGCCUGUGGCCAACCACGAUUUCAAUGUGGUGUAUGAUAAGAAGAAGAAGUUGGAGGGGAAGAUGGUGAGGGCUGAGCGGCAGGUGGUGUUGGACAUGCUCUUCUCUGCCUUUGAGAAGCACCAGUAUUACAACAUUAAGGACUUGGUGGACAUUACUAAACAACCUGUGACCUACCUGAAAGAAAUCAUGAAGGAAAUUGGGACAUACAACAACAAGGGAGCUCACAAAAGCACCUGGGAACUGAAGCCAGAGUACCGACACUACCAGUCCGCUGAGGAGGAGAUGCAGACCGAGUAGUUCCAGCGAGUUCCGCCGAGCCUGUUCACUGAUGUGGGUCUCAUCACAUGAGAAAGAGCGGCGAUUCAGCCUGAGUGUUCAGCCGCUUAAUAUUCAGGGAAUUCAGGGUUUUCAUCGACUUCCUGAAUAUAUAUGUCAAAGAGAAAAUGCUGUUUGGCACAUAUGCAGGUAGUAUGUGAUGUUUUUUGAGUUGGUUAUUUUUGUUGCCAUUAUCAUAAGUGGAAAGGUUUGCUACACCUUAGCGAGCACAGCACUUUGACAUAAAUAAACAAGACAUAUUUCUGAUUGAGUUCAAAUGAGUUUUAAGUUUCUGGAAGUUGAGGAAUGUCUAACCAG